UCGGGCCGUAGAGAAUUCGCUCACAACGGCCGUUUCUCUGCCUUAGACUCAUCGAUACUCAAACCCUUUGAUUUGGGUGCCGUGAUAUGCGUGACUGUGAAGCGAUUCCACAAGCUUCCAAACUCACUGCAGGGCUGUUAUUAUUAUUGUUGUUGUUGUUCAAUUGUACACGCUGUGAGCACACAGAGCCGCUCCGGUCGUCCGAGGAAACGGCUCCGCGCUCGGAGGGUGCGGCUCGCGCGCAGCCCCCGCGGGCGGGCGCCACGCGGCCGUGGCCUGGAGCCGGGGUCUGUGCCCCGGAGCCCCUGCUCGGCCGUCCUGGGUUCUCCCUCCCUCUCUCAGGGCUCACCUCCUUGCCCCGAGACGGUGCUCCACCUAAAAGCAGCAUUUGGGGGACAAAGCAGGCAGACGAGGCACGGGCGCAGGGCCGCUCGCCGUGUGCGCUCGGCUCGGGGAGCCGGGGAGCCCCGCCGGGGGGCGCGCGCGCGGGCAGGGCCGGGGCGGGGGAGGGGUCGCCAGCAGCGCCGCGCCCCGAGCCCCGAGCCCCCGGCCGGCCGCGAGAGCGGGCGCCGUCCUCGCUCCGGGGAGAGGCGGGGGUCUGCCUUCCCCAGACCCCACAGGCAGCUGAGCGGGGCGAGCGGCUUCCAGCGACGUCCUGCUUUACCUUUACGCAGGGUCGCCAUCUAGUGACAACAAGGGUGUCCUGCUUUGUUCUAGCGGAAGAUGGCCAACGCUGCAACUUCGGAACGUUCUGGUUUGUGCGGGAAAGCUCGAUGGUGGGGGAUAAACCCAGUUCCAGGCCCUACUGGGGGAGGAUGAUUGGCAGCCCUUUCCUCCCCUCAACACGCGGUCUGGGGCCAUCUCCGCAGAGGACGGCGGGCCUGGCCUCCUGUUGACAGUGCUCUUGUUCCGGAAAAGGGGAGGCCUGAGAGGUUGGCGCUGAGAGCCGACAUUCGACCUAAGGGCUGUCUGGAAGUAAGCCUCGCUGAGGGCACCCGACUAUUUUGGGGAGAAGGAAAGGUGUUCAGGGAGACAAGUGUCCCAGCAGAAGUUGCACCGUGGCUAAGAUCCCGGAACAGGCCUGCCUCUUGCCCUCCCAGUGCACCUCCAGAUACAGACUGAAGAUAGCGCAGGGCACAGGGCAGGACUCCCAGGUUCCUGGCAUGGUCUCCCCUAGAGCUACUCUGCCUUGCCAUUCCCACCUGCUCCAGGCACAGACCCAGAGGCAAGUGUGUUCUGCAGCUCAGUGAGCAUUCAGGUGUUAGACAUCCCCUUUUCUUUCCUAGAGGUUUUCUUCCAGCCCCCUGCUUGGCUUCAUGGAAGGAAAGCACCAGCCCCAUUAAGGGAAUGGCCUCUCUCUAUAAGCACUGUACUCCCAGAGGCUGACGACCUCCUUCCCUCCCUGUGGGGCUGUAGUGAGGGGGUUUGGGGGAGAGGAGGAAAGAAAGUUCUCAACAGGCACCAUUCAGUAGCCCUGUGGAUAGGCUUGGCCUGACUGCCGAGGUUCCCUGGACUUAGAAUGUACGCUUAUCCACAGCUUUGGGCCUUCACUGCCAUUCUUGGGCAACAGGACAAACCCCCACCCAUAUGGGAUAAGUGCAUCAAUAGAAGCAGAUAUAAACUGAGAACAGAGAGAGCAAUCAGAGCUGCCAUGUACGUUGGUGCAAGUUGCUAACUGCGUAAGGGUCCCUGCCUGGGAGGCCAUUGGGAUCUGGAAUUCAACCCUCACCUGAUCGCAAAGCUGUGCCACCUGGCAAGGAGCCACUGCCUGGAAGAAGGGGCACGGUUUUCAAAGUCACCUGCUCUCCGUGAGCCUGGCCACAGGGGCCUCCUUUUCUGAUUCUCACAAAGGCACAGACAGGGGCGAGCUGCAGCCCUUGGGGAGCUAGGUGACUCUCCUUGGAGAAAAGGCUCCUGCGUGGAGCCCAGGACGCCUUGGCUUCCGUGGGCACUGACUCACCUCUGUUCUCCCACAAGUAAAAAUUCCCCGGAGGUGCCCUGUGUGUUAACUGGGGGGCAAGACUUUUCUGGGAAACAAUGUCAAUACUCUUGCAGAAGCCUAGUAUGGAUUAUAAUGCUUGUCAAGUGGAAAACGUAUUUGCCACUCUUCUGCUCACUCUGCCCUGGUUCCUCAAGCCAUGCCGUGAAGAGCCUGCCUCGUUCUCUUGUUCUCAGAACACCUCGGAUACAGACACUCCCCCAGGCUGAAAGGUCAUUGUGGUCUCAGUGGACAGAGAUUAAGGUGGACUCAGAGGUGGGGUUAUGUCUCCUCCAUCUGGUCUAUAAAAUCUGGGUGGUUA